AUUGCAAAAAUUUUAUAAAAGCCUUCCUUGAUCAGCUACUUUGCACUCAUCGCAAAGUAAAUUACAGUUUUACUCCACCGCCUGCUCGAGCGCAUCAUCGUUUUCAAUUGAGCUUUUAGCUCGUACAUGACUUUCACUCAAAACACUCGGGACGAUUAUCUCAGUGACCUCGUAUUCUCUCUCCUCAACUUGUGAUCGCCUUUACACCAGUCGUAACAUCUAAAAAAUCAUUAUGUUAUCUCGAACAUUCAUUCGCGCCCCUCUUUUCUCCCGGGGCUUAGCAACUCAUGCUGGCCCAUCGACAGCAUUGCCCGCUGUGUUGCACCUCAAAACAGGCCAGUCAUUCUCAGGUCGGUCGUUUGGCGCGCCCCGCAGCGUGUUUGGAGAAACAGUUUUCUCUACAUCAAUCACAUCAUACACCGAGUCGAUGACUGAUCCCUCCUAUCGGGGUCAGAUCCUGGUAUUCACCACCCCCCUCAUUGGAAACUACGGUGUGCCUUUAAACAGAGCCCCAGUUGAUGGACGGGAUGUCGGCGUUCUUCUCGAAUCGAAUGGCGUACAGUGCACUGGAGUAGUAGUCGCUGAUGUCGCUGAGAAAUUCUCCCAUCACAGUGCGGUGGAAUCAUUAGCGUCUUGGUGUCGCCGCUUCAACGUGCCUGGUAUCACUGGCGUUGAUACUCGGGCCAUCACACGACUUCUGCGUGAUCAGGGGACUACUCUUGGCCGUCUCGCUGUUGGCGCUGAUGUUUCUGCUCCAAUGCCAUCACCUGAGCAGUACUGGAACCCGAGUGCAGAGAAUCUCGUUGAUCAAAUAUCCACUAAAGCACCAUACGAACUAAACCCCACUGGCGAUGUGAAAAUUGCUGUUCUUGAUUUCGGUGCCAAGGCCAACAUUCUACGGGCUUUAGUCCGACGAAAUGCGGCCGUUACAGUUCUACCCUGGAACUACAACUUCAACGCCGUUCGUGACAAAUUUGAUGGGUUAUUCCUGUCUAAUGGCCCCGGUGACCCCUCAAAAUGUAUGGAUGCAGCCGUAAUUCUGCGCAAGACUAUUGCGGAGUGGGACAAGCCUAUUUUCGGUAUUUGCAUGGGUCACCAGAUCAUUGGCAUGGCCAUUGGUCUGGAUGCGUAUCGUAUGACCUUUGGUAACCGUGGACAUAACCAACCUGUAUUGGCAUUGGCAUCUUCUGGUUCGAUUAAGGCUGGGAGGGUGUAUGUCACGAGUCAGAAUCAUCAGUACGCCUUGAAGUUGCAGGAUCCUUUCCCUCAAGGAUGGGAGCCUUCCUUCAUCAACUGCAACGAUUCUUCAGUUGAAGGUAUCAAGUCCACGGAAGAGUCAGGUAAAAAGGUCUGGGGGGUACAGUUCCACCCUGAGAGCUGUGGCGGUCCUCUUGACACCAUUGAGAUGUUCACCGACUUCGUUACGGAGUGUCGGGCCCACAAGGCGUUAGUGGCCGCCGAAGAUGAAGUCAUGGUGAAUGCUUCUGCAAAAGCAACGCCUUUCUUUGAGACUAUUCGUGCGCAACCUGCUGCAGUAGCUGCUAUGGCAUAAAAUUAGGGUGGUACAUUGGCACUCAUGGGACGUUGACUGAUUUAUUUUCGUGUAAUCUGUAUCUGCGAUAUUGUGUAUCAUGCUGUAAAUUACUGGAUAGAUGGAAUUGAUACUUGCUGAAAAUCAAAAAA